GAAGGAGAGCAGGCAGCGGAAGUCGGCGGGUCGCUGCUGGUUGGUUCGGCGCCGGUGGAGGGAGUCAUUCCUGCAGCAGUGCUUCCGGUCGGCAUUUUGUUCUGCGAGAGAGAGAGUCUGUGUGGAUUCUUUUAUGAGCGCCCAGGAGCCUUUCGGUACCGAAUCCUUUCUUCCAUCGUCCGGAGUAAAGUGCGAGCUUCCGCUGGCGCCUGCGAGGAGAAUGACCGUCGCCCGUCCGUCUUCAUGUUUGCAGUGAGAGGAAGCGGUGCGACCCGGAUUAUUGUUGUGAGAGGGACACAGCGAGCCCGAACCCCUCCAUCUUCACCUUUCAACAACAGAGCCUCAGUAAAAGAUGUAAAGGUGGAUCAGUGAGCAGCGACACUGAGCGACCUGUGCAUCCACGCGAGCUCCCUGCCCUUCUUCAGCAUGAAUGGGGAUAUGCCUCAUGUUCCUAUCACCACUCUCGCUGGGAUCGCAAGCCUCACUGACCUGUUAAAUCAGCUGCCUCUCCCUUCCCCUCUACCUGUCACUACCACUAAGAGCCUGCUGUAUAAUGGGAGGAUCGCCGAGGAGGUCAGCUGUCUGCUGUCCCGGCGGGACGACACGCUUGUGUCUCAGCUGGCGCACAGCCUCAACCAGGUGUCCACUGAGCACAUAGAGCUGAAGGACAACUUGGGCAGUGAUGACCCAGAAGGAGAUGUGCCUCUACUGCUGCAGACGGUGCUAUCAAGGAAUCCCAAUCUCUUCAGGGAGAAAAGUACGCCCACCCGAUAUGGGGUUCAGGGCGGUUUAAUGCAACAGCCAAUGUUAUCACCAUACAAGAUGCCUCAGAAUUCAAUGCAUGGAAGUCCGGCAUCAAACUACCAGCAAACCACUAUAACUCCAAGCCCUCCCAGCCGAUAUGUUCAACCUCCGGCAGGUUCUGGAACCAGGUACAUGCCACAGCAGAACAGCCCAGUGCCCAGCCCGUAUGCGCCACAGAGCCCUGCAGGCUACAUGCAGUUCAGCCAUCCACCCAGCUACCCUCAGCACCAACAGAUCCAGCAAGUAUCUGUAUCCAGUCCAAUAGUUCCUGGUGGCAUGAGAAACAUCCAUGACAACAAGGUCUCCUGUCAAGUGUCUGGUAACUCCAACCAUAAUGCAAGGCAUUGCUCCAACGAUGAGUACAUCAGCAUUGUCCAGAGACUUGGAAAUGAUGAGAGUGACCCCGCUAUGAGAAACGCCUCCUUCCCUGUACGCUCCAUAUGCUCUCCUGCUGGAAGUGAAGGGACGCCGAAAGUUGGAUCUCGGCCGCCCCUGAUUCUUCAGUCUCCUCCACCCUACACCUCCCCAAGAGAUGCUGCUUCUGACCUCCUCUUGGACUCACCUGAACGGAAAAAGAAACAGAAAAAGUUAAUGAAGGAGGAGGGGGGUAAAGGUGCCAUGUAUGACAUUGUCAGCUCACCCACUAAAGACUCCACAAGGCUAACAAUAAAGUUGUCUCGAGUGAAGUCUUCUGAGACUGAGCAGUCAGCUGAGCCAUUAUCGGUGGUAGAGCAUGGCUCAGAGGCUGAGAAUGAACUAUCGUGCAAUACCUCACCAUAUCACCGGAACCCCCAGGAACGGCUCUCCGCAGGUCAUUGUCUAUCGGGUGAGCAGUCGGCCUACCAACAGGUUCCUGUACUACAGAACACUGGGGCACUUGCAGCCAAGCAACCCGGGGUAGUAAGUGGAACCCCCUACGACGAGGCAGAGCUGGAUGCUCUUGCUGAGAUCGAAAGGAUUGAGAGGGAAUCCGCUAUUGAACGAGAACGCUGCUCUAAGGAAGUUCAAGAUAAAGACAAACCCCUAAAGAAGAGAAAGCAGGAUUCGUAUCCUCAGGAACCAGGAGCUGCAGGCACCGCUGGCUCUUCUGGAACACCUGGCGUGGGUGGUGGAUGCAAUGCUGGGAACAAAUUGGUACCUCAAGAGGCUUGUGCCGCUAGUAAUGGAGCCAGUCGUCCGGCCUUGAUGGUCAGUAUAGACCUGCAACAGGCAGGCAGGGUGGAAGGGCCAAUGGACUCCUGUCCUGUCCCUGCAACAGAGGCCCAGCGCUGGCCUGAAGAUGGUUCUGAAACCACCGGGGUCUUGCGGCUCAAAUCAAAGACAGAUGGAGAGGUGCAGAGGAAGGUAGAUGGACGUCCAGAAGUCAUCAAGCAACUGUUGGAAACUACACCACAGAAAACCACUUCUGAUGGGCGAUCAGAGACUCCCAAACACAAGCAUGAGAACCGCCAUGAGAUCUCCAACAAAGGGAGUUCAGAAAAAAGAUUGAAUCUUUCCAAGCACAGACAUGAUGGUAUGUCUGACAAAGUAAGGCCUGAGGGAAAAGGUCAUGAAACUUCCAGAAAACAGGAAGGACGUUUGGAGUCAACUCUAGAGAGCAAAGAGGAGAGGCAAAAAGAUUGGGACAGUGAAGAUCCCAAAGUCCGACGACCAGAUACGUCUAAGUCCAACCAGGUAGAGCACAACCGGGAGGUAGAUCGGAACCAGGAGCGGGAAAAGGAAGGGGAAAAUUGGGACAAAGAGCGAGAGAAAGAUCGAGACAAGGUGCGGAAUAAGGAUCAGGAGAAAGUUCGGGACAUGGUGCGGGAAAAAGAUCGGGACAUGGUGCGGGAAAAAGAUCGGGACAUGGUGCGGGAAAAAGAUCGGGACAAGGUGCGGGAGAAAGACCGGGACAGGGUGCGGGAGAAAGACCGGGACAAGGUGCGAGAGAAAGAUCAAGACAAGGUGCGGGAGAAAGAUAGAGAUAAAGAGCGGGUUAAAAAUCGGGUCAAGGAGCGGGUAAAAGAUCGGGACAAGGAACGGGAGAGGGUCCGGGAUAAAGAUCGGGACAGGGAUACAGAGAAAGAUCAGGAAAAGGAACGGGAGAGGGUCCGGGAUAAAGAUCGGAACAGGGAUCGAGACCAAGAAAAGAAACGCCAUACAGAAUCAACAGAGUCCCGUGACAAGCCAUCUCCUGAGCAGCGCUCCAAUCCUAACAGUCCUCGGUUGAAGCAGGAACCUCGUAGUGGAGCAGAAUCAAAAAAAAAACAGGAACGGUCAGUCCACAAAACUUCCAACAGCAAAGACGAGAGGCGGAGUGGAGACAAGAACCGACUUGAUGGACACAAGCCACCAUCCUUGGACAGUAAAACGGCAGAAUUUCCCAACUACCUACUGGGGGGCAAAUCGAGUGCAUUAAAAAACUUUGUCAUCCCCAAGUUGAAACGAGACAAAGAUGGUAACGUCAUGCAGGAAAUGCGACGAGAACUGUUUUCAGAGCCACUUGUGAAAUUAGAAAAACUGGACCUGGUGGAGGACCUCAAUAAGGGCGUAAAACCUGUUGUUGUUCUGAAGAAACUUUCCAUUGAUGAGGUCAAGAAGUUGAUCAGUAGUUCGCGGAGCAAGUCAAGCAAGAAGAUGGAUUCCCGUAUGCCACUGUGUGAGAGGGUGAAAAUGAAUAAACGCAGACGCAGCUCCACUAAUGAGAAGCCCAAGUAUGCUGAAGCCAGCUCAGAUGAUGAUAGUAGUUCUGUAGAACUGCCCCCGAAGCGUUCGAAAAAGGAUCGAGACAAAACAUGGGAAUAUGAAGAAAAGGACCGGAGGGGUUCUGGAGAUCAUCGACGAAGUGGAGGUCACUACGACAGCCGGAGAAGUUCAGGCAGUCGACACAGAGAACAAAGUCCUGUGGACUCUGAUGAAGAUUCACCCCCUCCCAGUCUGAGUGAUCUCGCCAGAAAGUUGAAGAAGAAGGAAAAGCAGAAAAAGAGGAAAUCCUACGAGCCCAAACUGACUGAGGAUGAAAUGAUGGACUCCUCCACGUUCAAGAGAUUUUCCACCAGUGUUGACAACAUUCUUGAAAACCUUGAAGAUGUGGACUUGACAUCAUUAGAUGAUGAUGAGAUUCCUCAGGAGCUGCUCCUCGGAAAACACCAGCUCUCUGAGUUAAGCAGUGAAACAGCAAAAAUAAAGGCUAUGGGCAUCAUGCAUAAGAUUCCAUCUGAUAAGAUGGUGAAGGUCCAGAGUAUUUUGGAAAAAAACAUUCAAGAUGGUGCGAAGCUCUCCACCCUCAUGAAUCAUGACAGUGACAGGGACGAAGAGGAGCGUUUGUGGCGUGACCUCAUCAUGGAACGUGUCACCAAAUCUGCUGAUGCUUGUCUGACGGCUCUUAACAUCAUGACCUCAGCACGAAUGCCGAAGGCCGUUUACAUUGAGGAUGUUAUCGAGAGGGUUGUGCAGUACACCAAGUUCCAUCUACAGAACACACUGUACCCGCAGUACGACCCCGUCUACAGGGUGAACCCUCAUGGCGGUGGAACACUAAGCUCAAAAGCCAAGCGAGCAAAGUGCUCAACGCACAAGCAGAAAGUUACUGUCAUGCUCUACAACAAAGUUUGUGAUAUUAUCAGUAACCUGUCUGAACUGUUGGAGAUUCAGCUGUUGACUGACACAACCAUCCUUCAGAUCUCGUCUCUAGGUAUCACUCCAUUCUUUGUUGAGAAUGUGAGUGAGCUGCAGCUUUGUGCAAUUAAACUAGUGACGGCUAUUUUCUCUAGAUAUGAGAAACACAGGCAGCUGAUCCUGGAGGAGAUCUUCACCUCUCUUGCCAGACUGCCAACCAGCAAGAGAAACUUAAGAAAUUUCAGACUGAACAGCAGUGACAUGGAUGGGGAGCCCAUGUACAUUCAGAUGGUGACCGCGCUGGUUCUGCAGCUUAUUCAGUGUGUGGUCCAUCUACCUUCUGAUAAAUACUCAGAUGAUUAUAAUGACAGAAAGGUUGAUCAGGAUGUAUUAAUCACAAACUCGUACGAGACUGCAAUGAGAACAGCACAAAACUUCCUCUCCGUUUUCCUCAAAAAGUGUGGUAGCAAGCAAGGUGAGGAUGACUACAGGCCACUGUUUGAGAACUUUGUUCAGGAUCUACUGUCCACCGUCAAUAAACCUGAUUGGCCAGCUGCAGAACUGCUGCUGAGCCUUCUGGGAAGGCUGCUGGUUCACCAGUUCAGUAAUAAGCAAACAGAGAUGGCUUUGAGAGUGGCCUCUUUGGAUUAUCUGGGCACAGUGGCUGCACGGCUUCGCAAAGAUGCUGUCACCAGCACAAUGGACCAGCGUUCAAUUAACCGCAUCCUCGGAGAGAACUCAGGCGGUGAUGAGGUUCAGCAGCUGCAGAAGGCUUUGCUGGGUUACCUGGACGAGAACGUAGAGACUGACCCGUCGCUCUUGUUUGCACGGAAGUUCUACAUCGCGCAGUGGUUCAGGGACACCAGCACUGAGACAGAGAAAGCCAUGAAAUCGCAUAGUCAGAGGGACGACGACUCGUCCGAUGGGCCGCACCAUGCCAGGGAUGUCGAGACCACUGGUGAGAUCUUACAGAAAGCUGAAGCGCGCAAGAAGUUCCUCCGGUCUGUUAUCAAGACCUCAGCAUCAAAAUUCAGCUCUCUGAGAGUAAACUCAGAUGCUGUUGACUAUGAGGACUCGUGUCUUAUUGUGCGAUAUCUGGCCUCCAUGAGGCCGUUUGCACAGAGCUUUGAUAUUUAUCUCACACAGAUUUUGAGAGUUCUCGGUGAAAGUGCCAUCGCGGUGAGAACUAAAGCCAUGAAAUGUCUUUCUGAAGUGGUUGCGGUGGAUCCAAGCAUUCUGGCUCGGUCGGACAUGCAGCGGGGAGUUCAUGGCCGACUGAUGGACAACUCCACCAGCGUGAGAGAAGCUGCGGUAGAGCUGCUGGGGCGCUUCGUACUGAGUCGACCACAGCUAACUGAACAGUAUUACGACAUGCUGAUCGAGCGCAUCCUGGACACAGGCAUCAGUGUGAGGAAGAGGGUUAUUAAAAUCCUACGGGACAUCUGUCUGGAGCAGCCCACCUUCAACAAGAUCACAGAGAUGUGUGUAAAGAUGAUCAGGAGGGUCAAUGACGAAGAAGGAAUCAAGAAAUUGGUAAAUGAGACAUUUCAGAAGCUGUGGUUCACCCCUACACCUAAUCAUGAUAAACAGGCCAUGACUCGCAAGAUUCUCAACAUCACAGACGUGGUCGCUGCAUGCAAGGAUUCUGGUUACGACUGGUUUGAGCAGCUCCUUCAGAAUCUGUUAAAGUCAGAAGAGGAUGCCUCGUACAAACCGGCCAGGAAGGCUUGUGCUCAGCUGGUGGACAGUCUCGUGGAGCAUAUUCUGAAAUACGAGGAGUCUCUCGCUGACUGUGAGAAUAAGGGGUUGAUGUCCAGUUGCCUAGUGGCUUGUAUUACCACGCUGUACCUGUUUAGUAAGAUCCGACCCCAGCUGAUGGUGAAACAUGCCAUGACUAUCCAGCCGUAUCUAACUACAAAGUGUAAUACCUCGAGUGAUUUUAUGGUGAUCUGUAAUGUGGCUAAAAUCCUGGAGCUUGUUAUUCCUUUGAUGGACCAUCCGAGUGAAAAUUUCCUCACCACCAUCGAAGAAGACCUGAUGAAACUCAUCAUCAAAUACGGCAUGACGGUUGUGCAGCACUGCGUGAGUUGUCUCGGUGCGGUCGUCAAUAAGGUCACCCAUAACUUCAAGUUUGUGUGGUCUUGUUUCAACCGAUACUACGGAGCACUAAACAAGCUGAAGUUGCAGCAUCAGGAAGACCCAAACAGCACCGUACUGGUGUCUAAUAAACCUGCUCUGCUGCGUUCACUCUUCACUGUGGGUGCCCUGUGCCGACACUUCGACUUUGACCAAGAGGAGUUCAAAGGCAGUAAUAAGGUGGUCAUAAAAGACAAAGUGCUGGAGCUGCUAUUGUAUUUCACUAAAAAUGAGGAUGAAGAGGUGCAGACCAAGGCCAUCAUUGGUCUAGGCUUCCUGUUCAUCCAGCACCCAGGGCUAAUGUUUGCUUCAGAUGUGAAAAACCUCUACAACUGCCUCCUGGCUGACAGGAAAACGUCAGUGAAUCUGAAGAUCCAGGUGCUAAAGAACCUGCAGAUGUACCUGCAGGAGGAAGACUCGCGCAUGCAGGAAGCCGACAGGGAGUGGAAGAAGAUGUCUAAGCAGGAGGACCUGAAGGAGAUGGGUGACAUCUCAUCUGGCAUGAGCAGUUCUAUCAUGCAGCUCUACCUCAAGCAGGUGCUGGAGAGCUUUUUCCACACGCAAUCCAGCGUACGGCACUUUGCCCUCAAUGUAAUCGUCCUGACACUCAGCCAAGGCCUCAUUCAUCCUGUACAGUGUGUUCCGUAUCUUAUUGCAAUGGGAACCGACUCGGAACCCACAAUGAGGAAUAAAUCUGAUCAACAGCUGGUGGAGAUCGAUAAGAAAUACACAGGAUUCAUUCACAUGAAGGCUGUGGCGGGGAUGAAGAUGUCCUAUCAGGUGCAGCAAGCCAUUGUGGAUUCAAAGGACAUGAUAAUCAGAGGUUUCCGACAGGAUGAGACAAACACAGCUCUUUGCGCUCACCUCUACACCAUGGUGCGUGGAAACAGGCAACACCGCAGGGCUUUCCUCAUCUCCCUGCUCAACCUGUUUGAUGACAACGCGAAGUCAGACGUGAACUUGCUGUUGUAUGUCGCAGACAAUCUGGCCUGCUUCCCAUAUCAGAGUCAGGAAGAGCCGCUGUUCAUUAUGCACCAUGUAGACAUCACACUAUCAGUGUCCGGCAGUAACCUGCUGCAGUCAUUCAAAGAGUCUUUGCUAAAGGAACCUAGACCACGGGAAAAGAAGAAAAAAAGAGGGAAAAAAUAUGGCUCUGAGGAAGAGGAUGAAAGUAGCAGAGGAAGCAGCAGUGAUAGUGAUAGUAGUGAUGAAGUCAUCCGUCGGCCAAAGAAAUCCAGACGAUCCGCUGCAGUGAACUCUGACUCCGAUUCAGACCUGGACUUGGAGGACGUUGACAAGGUCAUGCUGCGUCUACCUGACAACCCCGAGCCCUUAUUGGACUUUGCUAAUGCCUCUCAGGGCAUCUUGCUGCUCCUGAUGCUCAAGCAGCACCUUAAGAACCUCUAUGGCUUCUCUGACAGUAAAAUUCUGAAAUACUCACCUACAGAAUCGGCAAAGGUUUAUGAUAAGGCUGUAAACAGGAAGGCCAAUGUGCAUUUCAACCCACGGCAGACACUAGACUACCUGACAAACAGCCUGUCCAAUGCAGAUCUUACUUACGAUGUCAAGAGGAGAGUCGUCAGACAGUAUUUAGAUUUUAAGGUACUGAUGGAGCACUUGGACCCAGAUGAGGAAGAUGAGGAAGGAGAGGCUUCGGCCAAUUCCCACGCCAGAAAUAAAGCCAUCACUGCUCUACUAGGAGGCUCCAGCUCCAGCCCCAAGAACAAUGCUGCGGAGUCGUACGAUGACGACAGCGAUGCGGACGAAAAGGCUCCUGGGUCAUCACGGAGAUCCAGGAAAGGCGGAGAUUCGGCAGAGGCAUCAGGUCACAUGAACGAAACGGUGGAAGCCAUGGACGUCAUCGCUAUCUGCUGCCCCAAAUAUAAGGACCGGCCGCAGAUAGCGCGUGUUAUUCAGAAGACAAGCAAAGGAUACAGCAUACGCUGGAUGGCCGGAUCAUACUCCGGCACCUGGGCGGAGGCCAAGAAACGCGACGGACGUAAACUGGUGCCUUGGGUGGACACUAUUAAGGAGUCGGACAUUAUUUACAAGAAAAUUGCCUUGACAAGUGCGCACAAACUGACCAACAAAGUAGUGCAGACUUUACGUUCACUAUACGCAGCCAAGGAAGGAACUUCCAGCUAAUUAAAUCUGUAUUAACUCUCGAACUGUUACACUCAACAAACUCUCAGCAGCCAAACUUCAUCAGGAUUUAAUGUUUUGUAAACAUAUUCGGAGAGAAAAGAGUACUACAGACACACAGGUUUUAAGAUCCAAUGCAGAACUGGUCGAAAUUAAGGAACGACGAUUUUAAAAGUGUGGUCUGUUUGGAAAUGUAGAUGUGUAUCCUGUACAUCUUUUAAGUUAAACGGAAAAGAAAGAAACGGAGCUCCUUCGCUGUUGUGCAGCAACUUGGUUGUUUGAAUUUUAUCCCCCUCCACUGUAUCAUAGUUUAACACAAAACUGAAACAAAAAAUGUUUAUAUCUCUUGAUGAAGAAAAAAAAAACUGUUCAAAGAAAUAAACCUAAAGUGAAUGUUGAAAAGUAGUCUGUUGAUGUUCUUAAUAAAGUGACCUUGGAGUUUAACCUAGCACCGGAUGGGUUUCUUUAGUUUAGCUCAGUUUCCAGGGAAAUAAACUUUUAAACAUCUCCUCUGCUUUAUGUUUUACUUCUUUUGUGCUGUAAAAUGGAGUCUCCUGACAUAAUUUAUUCAGCUGAAAGCAGAGCAUGCAGUAUCUGUUGCCUUCAUGGAAGGAAGGUUUUUUUUGUUGUAAAUGUAGAUUUUGAUGUAUUGGGUCAGCGUUUGGGUCUCUACACCCCACAGCGGGACGAGGGACCCCCAGCAUGUGUGGAGGAGCAAAUACUGCAAUAAAUUUUUUACUUCUCUUUGUUA